UUGUAUAUGACAACAAGACAACUAAAUUCGAUCAUUUUUGAAGCAUUCAGUUGGUGUUCUUGUAUUGGUAAACAAAACAAAUGCAAAUUAUGUAUUUAGCUCUCAUGAAUGAAGUGAUUUUUGAAAUAGAGAAUGGAAACGAAAGUUAAAAAUUAUUAUUAUGACUAAUUUUACUCAAAAAUCUAUUCAACUUGUUUUAAAUGAUUAAUGGAUAAUUAAUUUGAUGUACAUUUAUUUCCAUGAAGAUUAAACUACAAGAAAUUCAGAAUUUAUGGUUUGUCAGUAGUAUGAUUCAAUAUUUUUCAUUUAUUAUAUUUAAUGUCUAUAUAAGUACGUAUAUUCCGAUUAGAAAUUUUAAUUGCAACGGUCAACAUGAAACAAAACCUAACAUUUGCUACUCUUUGGCCAGAUGAUAAUGAUUUCAUGUCAAUCGUUCAUCCACACUGGCAUAAAUUUACUCAACCUGAUCCAUUGUAUUACUAUCUAGUAGGAAUUUAUAUUGGUAUUGUUGGUAUAUUAGCAGUAAUGGGAAAUUCUUUGGUAAUUACAUUAUUUCUUUUAUGUAAACAAUUACGAACACCACCAAAUAUGCUAAUAGUUAAUUUAGCUAUCUCUGAUUUUUCUUUUGCACUUAUCAAUGGUUUCCCACUAAAAACAAUCGCAUCAUUUAAUCAACGUUGGGGAUGGGGUAAAUUAGCUUGUGAGUUAUAUGGAUUUGCUGGUUCAAUAUUUGGAUUUAUUUCAUUAACAACAAUGGCUUUUAUUGCUUUGGAUAGAUAUUUAGUAAUUUCACAACCAUUUAAAACAUUUUCACGUAUCACUUAUGGAAAAGUUAUAGUUAUGAUUUUUAUCACAUGGAUAUGGUCAGCAUUAUGGUCAAUUCCACCAUUUUUCGGUUAUGGAAGUUAUAUACCUGAAGGUUUUCAUACAUCUUGUACUUUUGAUUACCUAUCAACUAACAUACGGAACUUAAUAUUUAAUGCAGGAUUAUACAUAUUGGGAUUUCUUUGUCCUGUGUUUAUUAUAAUCUUCAGUUACUAUCAAAUUGUUAAAACAGUUAGACUCAAUGAAUUAGAAUUAAUGAAAAUGGCACAAUCAUUAAAUGCACAAAAUCCAUCGGCUAUGAAAACAGGUGAUAAGAAGGCAGAUAUUGAAGCUGCUAAAACGUCUAUUAUUCUUGUUCUUCUCUAUUUAAUGUCAUGGUCUCCUUAUGCCAUUGUGUGCUUAAUGACACUGGUUGGAAGUAGAGAUUCGUUAACUCCAUUUCACUCUGAGCUCCCUGUGUUAUUUGCAAAAACAUCUGCUGUAUACAAUCCUAUUGUAUAUGCAGUCAAACAUCCUAAAUUUCGUUUGGAAAUCGAGAAACGUUUUCCAUUUCUUAUUUGUUGUUGCCCACCUAAACCAAAGGAGCGAUUACAAAAUACAAUAGUAUCAAAAAUCCAGGUUUCACAGAUUGGAAUUGGUACUGCCAGUCGGAGUAAUGAAAAUACACUGAACACAGUAAAACAAGAAAAUUAACAAACGUUAAAAAUUUGUCACAGUCACAUUAAAAUGAAUCUAUGAAAACUGACUUAAGGCAUAAAAUAAUGAUUAGAAUAAGGAAAACCAUAGUAUCUCAUUAUGUUACAAGUCAUUAUUAAAAGAGGAAUAAUUAUUUAUCUGAUAUUAUCAUUUCUGUUUAGUAUUUAAUUCAUUAACUAAUAGCAGUGACCAUUUUAUUUUAUCUCUUUACAUUAGUCUAUGUUUUAACAUUGAUUUAAUGAUUACCUGCUGAGGUAUUUCGUUUAUUCACAUAUUUGUUUAUGUAUGGCGUGUUAAUUUUUAGAUUCAAUAGAUUUUAAAUAAAAUAGUAGAAAUCUAUAUUUAAUAAAUACAUAAUUUCCAAC